AUCCAAGCAGGAGUUUAUUAUGUGCUGAAGCUGCAGAGACACAGAAAGAGGUUUGAGAGGUUUUAAAACAGACCUGACUGUGUUUGAGGGGACACAGCUGGACUCAGAGAGGCUGAACACAGUGAAUCACUUUAUCCUGUUCUGUCCGGGACAGAAGACCCCAACAACACUUUCAACAUGUGUGACGACGAUGAGACCACCGCCCUGGUGUGUGACAACGGCUCCGGCCUGGUCAAGGCUGGGUUUGCCGGCGACGACGCUCCUCGGGCCGUCUUCCCCUCCAUCGUCGGACGCCCUCGUCACCAGGGUGUGAUGGUAGGCAUGGGGCAGAAGGACAGCUACGUGGGAGACGAGGCCCAGAGCAAAAGAGGAAUCUUGACUCUGAAGUACCCCAUCGAGCACGGCAUCAUCACCAACUGGGACGACAUGGAGAAGAUCUGGCACCACACCUUCUACAACGAACUCCGUGUGGCCCCAGAGGAGCAUCCCACCCUGCUCACUGAAGCCCCCCUCAACCCCAAAGCUAACAGGGAGAAGAUGACCCAGAUCAUGUUUGAGACCUUCAACGUCCCCGCCAUGUAUGUGGCCAUUCAGGCCGUGCUGUCCCUGUACGCUUCUGGUCGGACCACAGGUAUUGUGCUGGACUCUGGAGAUGGUGUGACCCACAACGUACCCAUCUAUGAGGGUUACGCUCUGCCCCACGCCAUCAUGCGUCUGGACCUGGCAGGUCGUGACCUGACCGACUACCUGAUGAAGAUCCUGACCGAGCGAGGCUACUCGUUCGUCACCACAGCUGAGCGUGAGAUUGUCCGAGACAUCAAGGAGAAGCUGUGCUACGUGGCGUUGGACUUUGAGAACGAGAUGGCCACGGCUGCCUCCUCCUCGUCCCUGGAGAAGAGCUACGAGCUGCCCGACGGUCAGGUCAUCACCAUCGGCAACGAGCGAUUCCGCUGCCCAGAGACCCUGUUCCAGCCUUCCUUCAUCGGCAUGGAGUCUGCCGGUAUCCAUGAGACCGCCUACAACAGCAUAAUGAAGUGUGACAUUGACAUUCGGAAAGACCUUUACGCCAACAAUGUGCUGUCAGGAGGUACCACCAUGUACCCCGGUAUCGCUGACCGCAUGCAGAAGGAGAUCACCGCCCUGGCCCCGAGCACCAUGAAGAUCAAGAUCAUCGCUCCUCCUGAGAGGAAGUACUCGGUUUGGAUCGGCGGCUCCAUCCUGGCCUCCCUGUCCACCUUCCAGCAGAUGUGGAUCAGCAAGCAGGAGUACGACGAGGCCGGCCCCUCCAUCGUCCACAGGAAGUGCUUCUAAAUUCCCAUCAUGUACCAAAACACCAACUAAACCAGCUCUCUUUCCAAAUCUUUAUUUCUACUGUGGUUUGUUUUUUAAUGUAUAUAAAUGUACUGUUGUAAUAAAAAAUAGUUUUUUAAAA